AUGAACCAGCUGUGGUUUAGCCAUGAGUCUCCCCCGGAUUUGACUUCGGAUACGGACACCCUAAACAUCUCGUCCAUCUCUCCACUGUCAGACUCGAUGUUCGACUUUCCCGACGGCUCACUGAAUCCUAGUCUGUCAAACCGUUUGGUUGGCUAUUCCGAUGCCUAUGCUGUUACGCAGCCACCUAGAUGCUUUCUGGCCAUUUUAGAGGAAAACAAGCUCACCAACUUCAACUUUGAUAUGGACUAUGUGCCAACCACCGGUGGUGCAUACACCACAGGAAAUGGCUCGUCAUCCUCCACAACGGGAAUGAACAGUAUGAGCUACAUCAAUAUGAACACAUUCGACAACCUUGGAUUUCCCUCCGCAUCGUCAGCAUCGGCCCCGUUAUCUGGGACUGCGACAAACUUCUAUGACUUGGAGGAGCUGGAACAACCCGUCAAGUUGGAUCAGGACUCCAAUUUGUACAAGCUCCGUUCCUCCAACAAAUGGCUGAAGAUUCUCCAGAAAUCAAAAAAGGGCAUGUAUCGUUGCACGCACUGCUCGAAUUCCUUCCACAACCUGGAAACCUUUGCUAUUCAUCUUGACCAGUACAAGGUGGAGAGGAGGCACAAGUGCCCUAUUGACGAUUGCAUCUUUAGCGUUAUUGGACUUUCCAGGAGGGCUGAACUCAAGAGACAUUGUCUGACGCAACACUACAAGAAUCUGGAAGAUUUCCCAGACAGUGAUAUUUUGGAUGCUUCUCCUACGAGUUCAUCGAUGGUGCUUUCAUCGUCUUCCAGGUUCCCAACAACCUUGCGCAACUUUUCCACGUCGUCGACGGGCUCGACGAACUCGAAUACAUCCAUUGGUUCAAUGAACUCUUCCGUCUCAUCCAUUUCUUCUGUUUCGUCUGCUUCUGCUUCCUCUGCGGGAGUUAACAAGCAGUUCCAAUGUAAAAGAGAAAGAUGCGGAAAAAGCUUCUGUCGGUCUGACUCUCUGAAAAGACACAUCAAAUUGGUACAUCUCAACGAAAACAGCAGGUUCAACAAGAAGCUGCUCAAGAUGAUGGAGAAGUCAGCUGGUAGCCAUCACAUGGAAGCCGUCUAG